UCACCUCAAAUCCCCACAGUCAAGACCGGCCCCAAGUAUCCUCAUAAAAACAGUGAGCAUGGCUAUCAAGAACGUCGUAAUUUUUGGUGCCACCGGCUACACAGGACUCAACGUGGUCAAAGAAGCCAUCAAGCAAGGUUUGAACGUAAGAACGUUCGUUAGGGAUCCAGAAAAGCUGCCAGAGGAUAUCAAAAACAAAGUUGAGCCUUUUAAAGGAGACGUUUUGAACUUGGACCAAGUUAGAAAUGCUGUAAAAGGCGAAGAUGCAGUGAUUGUGGCGCUGGGCACACGUAACAACGUUGCGGCAACAACCAUGAUGUCCGAGGGCAUGAAAAAUAUUUGCGUCGCUAUGAUUGAGCAUGGUGUGAAGCCCGUAUCAGUGUGCCUCUCAGCUUUCCUGUUUUUCCCAAUCGAGCAGUUGCCACCUCAGUUCAAAGCAUUGACGGAGGACCACAAAAGAAUGGACCAGGUGUUGAGAAAAAGCGGACUAGAUUGGAUUGCCAUCUACCCCCCACACAUUGCUGAUCAGCCUGGCACUGAUGGAAAAUAUGAGGUGAGUCAUGAGGAGGAAAACAGCACCAAGUUUAGAGGACGACGAGUGUCAGUUUACGAUUUGGCGCAUUUUCUCGUCAAGAGCAUUUCUUCACCCGAGCACUACCGCACGAUUUGUGGCAUUUCCUCAUGAAUGCAUUUAACUAUGUGAAAAAGCUAAUGAUUGUCUUUAUCAAGUUAAUUUAUAGAGGUAGUAUUUUUUGCAAAUAAAGAGUGUUUACCCCAAAA